UAGAGCUCUAAUAGGAUACAAAAUGGAUACGCACCAAGUACAUGAUGAGAUCGACUGCGGUAGAUGGUGUUUAAGUCGCGAUGGCUGUAAAUCGUAUAAUUACCAGUACGAAGUUAAUCACACACAGCGACACACUUGUGAGAUCAGCUCACAUACCAAAGAAGCCAAGCCAGAGGCCUUUAGGAUGAAAGUGGGUUUUCAAUAUUAUGGAUUUCCACAAGCACAGAAGAAGCCUAUAGGGUGUGCAAAGUACGCCUGUUAUAACGGCGGGACAUGCGUGGACACGUGUCAUGGAGACAUGUUUCACUGUCAGUGUACAAACUUGUUCCGCGGUAAACAAUGUGAAAGGCCGAAAGCUCGCAACUGCAAGGAAUUGUAUGACCUUGGUGUGCCAUCGACCGGUGCUCAGCGAGUGGCACCGGAUGAUCAAGCAUUUGGAAUAUCAGUUUACUGUGAUCAAACUACAGAUGGUGGAGGAUGGCUUGUUGUGCAGAGACGUAACAGUCCAUUUGGCGUGUUAUUCUCCAAGAACUGGUCGGAUUACGAAACAGGCUUUGGAUCUCUGUUUGGCUCAUUCUGGAUUGGAAAUCGAUACUUGUCACGCCUAACAACAAUCCCUGUACAGCUGCGAAUAGAGCUCAAGGCAAGCGCAGGCGCGCAAGGUUAUGCUGUUUAUGAGAACUUUUCAAUAUCUGGCCCACGUGAUAAUUACCGCCUCAGCGUAGGGAGGAACAUGACAGGGACAAUAGGUAACGCAAUCAACGGUGACAGCAACAUGGCGCUUGUAGAAGAUGGCAUGCAAUUUUCAACUGGUGACAGAGACAAUGAUGGCAAUUAUCUGGCAAACUGUGCCGUUAUAAGCAGUCUGUCUGGCUGGUGGCUCAACAACUGUGGUCGUGCUAAUUUGAAUUCUAAUCCACCCCAGUGGGAUGAGUGGAAAUUUUACGACACUUCAAUCAACUAUACCGAGAUGAAAAUUCGCCCCAUGAAGCAACCAUUUUCUGUGACAUAGAUUUUUAUUUUAUUAAACGAAACAAAUAUGUAAAAAUCCUUUUUUUUUUCGGCUACAUUAUCCAAGAAUAUAUAGAGAUUCUUAGCUUCAGUCUGAAACAACGAAGCCAUCGCUGGCUGAAAGAUUCUGAAAUAUUACCAAUCACAUUACUGCCAGCCACCAUUCACUUUGUUUGCCAAGUAAAGACGUAAAAAACCGAUGAAUCACGUAAACACGAUACGGUGACGUUAACUUGAUCGCUGUAGAACGAUCACACAUUGCUCCUUACCAGCGGCGAUACCAUAUCAAUUUUGCACAUGAAGUGAACCACCCCAUAUGCUUUGAAAUCGUUGCUUCCAAGCUGUGCGAGUUGAAAGUUGCCUUUUUUCUUUCCCUGUGCUUCAGCGCUUCAAAAGACAACAGAAUAUCACUUCAACCUCUCAGCUGAGAGCUUUUUGUAUAUUAGCGAGUAAAUAAAGCCUUAGAAUU